AUGGGCCCUAAACGCGUUCUCAUCACAUAUGGCGUCGACGUCGAUGCUGUCUCCGGGUGGCUCGGCUCGUAUGGCGGCGAGGACUCGACGAACGACAUUAGCCGGGGCCUCUGGGCGGGAACAAUUGGAACUCGUCGUCUCCUCAAGCUAUUCGACAAGUACGACAUCAAGACGACAUGGUUUAUUCCUGGCCACUCGUUGGAAACCUUCCCUGAAGACAUGGCGGCGGUCCGCGAUGCUGGUCACGAAAUCGGACUUCAUGGAUACUCGCACGAGAAUCCGACUGAUAUGAGCAUUGAACAACAACGUGAUGUUUUGGAUAAGACCUACCGUAUGCUCACCGAGUUUGCGGGAAAACCGCCGCGGGGUAGCGUGGCACCUUGGUGGGAGACGAGCCAGGAAGGUGCUCAGUUACUCCUGGACUAUGGUAUCGAGUACGAUCACAGCAUGAGUCAUGAGGACUGUCAGGCAUACUAUCUGCGCACCGGCGACAGCUGGACGAACAUCGACUAUAGUAAGAAGGCGGAGACUUGGAUGAAGCCCCUGGAGCAUGGACCACAGACGGGACUGGUUGAGAUUCCAUCGAACUGGUAUAUUGAUGACCUGCCUCCUAUGAUGUUCAUCAAGAAGGCGGCAAACAGCCACGGGUUCGUCAACCCGCGAGAUGUGGAGGAUAUCUGGCGGGACCAUUUCGAUUAUUUCUACCGCGAGUAUGACGAGUUUAUCUUUCCCAUUACCAUUCAUCCGGAUGUGUCUGGGCGACCACAUGCGCUGUUGAUGCAUGAACGUCUGAUCGAGCACUUCAAGAAACACGAUGGGGUAGAGUUCGUGACGAUGGAGCAGCUUUGCGAUGACUUCAAGAAGAAGAACCCAGUUCCUGAAGGGGCACUUAUGCCAGCUCCAGUCGGAGAGAUCCUGAAGAAGUAA